AGCUCAACAAUACUCUACGCUUUAGCAUCGUUUUGACGCUGACGAAACUGUUUCAUUUUCUCAUCUUUCACGGCAAGUACAAGUUUGUGACGUUUCAUCAAUCGAUGAGAUCGACUAGAAGAUUACGUCUUUUUGACGUCAGCAGAUCAUCAAGUGGCAAGUCUCCAGAGACCCCCAAAAAUCAAGACCUCCAAACCUCCAACGUCCCUAGGUCAGAACGCAAACAAACCCACACCAGGUAGGUCCCGGCGCCACUCCGCUUUGGGUUUGUACGAUGUAGACCCAAGACCCCUAUAGCCCUUACAGCUGGAGCGACAUUGCUUGACGAUUUCCCUCAGAGCCUAAGGGUCUGGAAGGGUCCAGAGAGCUGAAGAAGCAACGAAGUACGGCCAUUUUUAGGAUUUUUAGGCAGGUAAGAAAACUUGGAGCCCCUGUCUUGAGUGAUAGAAAUAAAUAGGUAAGUUUAGUAUAUCUUGGUAGGUCUUUAGACCAGUUAAUUUUGGGCUCCUUAGCUUCAUGUUAGAUGUUUUCUUGCGCUCAGGGACAUUCAAGCAGUCCAGUAGCGCGGUUUUCUUUUGGGCGACAGCAGUUGUGCCAUAACAGUGACAUAUUUCUAUUUUCCUUGCAUGAAAAACUGAGAAAACAGCAGACUUUUUAGAUGAGGCGACAAAAUUGGGAAAGAUUUGCUUACGAGGAUCGGCUAACGAGACGUGCAGACGUGCAGCCUACUAUGUGGUUUUGAACAAGACAUGGCACUUUUCUCUUCGCCUCUUGGGCAUCUCUUGUUCCCCGAUGCCAUUUUUUUCCCUGAUAUCUCGGCCACGAAUCUCUCCAACAAACCCCCGUAGCUGCCCCGCGAUGAUCCCCUGAAUGUCGAACUAAUCAGACAUCAUGAAAGCCUACGAGAAUCGAUGUUUCUCAUGGAUGCGAGCCUCGAAUGAGAUGCUACAAAUAUUGGUCAGCCACUGUGGAUGGUGGCCUACCUUGGCGCUUGGCUUGCGCUACCUUACUGCCGCUGGACCCUUUACGAUGGAUCCCGCUAAGGCGAUCCAAGGGUGCGCUAGAACGGACUACGCCGAUGCAGUCAACCAAUAGAUCCGGCUGGAGAAACUCCUGUGAGAAACCAGCCCACUUUUGUCGGGGCAUAACCUCCGGAACACCGGUUCAAUGGUUGCACAAGUGCCCAUGAGGCUAAUGACAAGAACAGGGGGUGUUGCCGAGCAGUGCAGAUUGGGCCCCGGACACAAGAGGUGACGUUUCAUGCCCAGUUCAGUCCAAGGCAGCCCAAAUUCCCAUUACCUGGCCACACUUGCUUUUCUGAGCUGCCCAGUCUGCCAUGACAGUCUAUGGACUGAUUGAGAUGGACACACCACAAGCCUGCUUGCUGCCCUGUCAUCAGACCCAAGCAAGGGAAAGAAUUAAAAGUCGCUCUCAAUCUCUGUCUCUGCUGUGAACCUAACGAUCUGCACCUUUCAAAGCGAUCCUGAGCCUCGCCUUGACUCAGAAAGCGGGCCAUUCUUUGUUAUCCAAAGCCGCUACUAGAAACCGUGGUGUAGGUAGGUGACAUGACAGAUGGAUAUGUGCUUGCUGAUAUCUCAUCUCAUUUUGCCCCCGUCACAGAAAGUUCAUCCAAAGCCUUUCACAAUCUUGCCUCUCACAUGUCCUAUACUUUCUUGCUAUAUCAGGCGUCCCUUCUAUCUGAGUACUGUCAGCCAGGUAACUCCAAUCUGUGCCCGUGCCCAUACAACAUCUCUUUCAAGCCCCUUCAGCGCUGUGUCUUCAUUUAAUUUCAUCAUGCCAACGUCAUUUUUCAAUUUGUGUUGUUGUUUCUAACAUUUUGUACGCGGCUAAUAGGGACGACUUCAACUUCUUUACCACUUUGUUCCUGGCCGAUUACUCGAUGCUCUUUGCUGUUCAUUGUCUCAGUGGAAAGUAGAGAGGGGAAGCUCGACAUCCAUUUCUACGUUUCGAGUUAGAUGUUGAGCUCAAGAAUUCGCCUUCGCCAUACCCAAAAACAAAUUUGAAGGAUAAAAAACACCGAUACGACCCCAGAAUACCUUGUUACCCCCCGGAAAUAUCUUUUCGUUUUUCAGAAUUUCUCAUGGUACUCAAGCCAUUGAAACAAUAUCUCCAAUUGGACAACUCACCCCCAGCUCUUAUCGCUACCGCUGUCGCAUCCACUGAGUCGAGCGCCAAAGAGACCACCAAGGCCACGCCCAAGGCCACUGGAAUUGCCCUUUCCGGGUACUCGCCAAUGCAACUUCGAAUACUCGACUGCCACAUGAAUGCGCCGCAACCAUGUCCCACGGACCACCUCCACCACCUCCUCCGCCCCAAGGCGCCCCUCAUCCGAACAACUUCAACAAUUUCUACGGUUUCAACCUCGAUAUUGGUUCUCUCCCCGAUAUGACGGGUGGCCAGGUCAAUUACCACUCCCCUCCCCGCGACGCCGACGCCGACGCCGGGGCUCCGGCCCUAUCUAUAGCGCCCCCCCAAUCGGCCAAGGUCAACGCAACCUUGAUCUUCGAUCAUGUCGGCUAACCCGAUUUUGUAGAUGGGCGCUGAUGGUCAGGACAACGAUCUUAUGGCCAUGCUCGACAAUAGUAUGCUCGGUGGCAUAACAGAUAUUCCAAUGAACCUCGAAUCCGCAGAUGAAUCCAACAUGAGCGGCUCUUUCGGCAAUGGGCAAUCGGCCACAGAAGAGUCUGUCGCGAGAGCUGAAAAUCAAUUCAACACAGCAGCGAACAAUGUUCCUGGCGCAGGGCCCCUCCCCGCUGGCGCCUUUGCUCAGAUGAAUCUCGCUGGCGCCAGCACCCUCACUGAGUUCACCAAGCGAAGAAAUUGGCCCGCCAAGGUUGUGGAAGAGCUCAGGGACUUUUUGCAGAUUCUUGAUGCGAACGGGCGCAUCAAAUACGCAUCGCCUAGUAUUCUCCAGGUCACUGGAUACAGUGUAGAGGAGAUUCAAGAUGUGUUUCUCAAAGACCUGAUCCACCCAGAUGACCAAGGUGUUUUUGUCGCAGAACUCAAUGAAUCCAUCGCGUCAGGCAACCCGCUACGACUUUUUUACCGUUUCAAAAAGAAGGACGCCGAAUAUGCGAUUUUUGAGACUGUCGGCCAUGCUCACAUCGCUGGCGCCAAGUUCGCCCCCAAUCCAAAUAAUCAAUCGCCCUUCUGCCAGGCCGUGUUUAUGAUGGCGCGACCGUAUCCCACCAAAAACGCUGGACUUCUAGACUCUUUCCUUGAGCAUAAGAUCGAAAAUGAAAGGUUAAAGCGCCGUAUCGCCGAGCUCCGUCGUGAAGAGGAGGCCGAAAACGACGAGGCGCAAAAGCAGUGGCUACAGAGCCAAGAGGGUCGGUCAGACAUGACCCCAUCUGAAGGAACCGGCGUCUCCUCGGGAACCUUUUAUCGCCCGGGUAGCGAAAGAGGAAUGACAGAGGCCGAUCGAGCAGCUCUCAAUAAAGCUCUUACACGUGAAAAUCUCGAAGGCUCAGUCGCAGGUGGUCGGCAGGAUUCGCUGAAGGACAAGAUGGCACGUUACGAGGGAGCAUCGCACACAGAUACGAUUGAGAUGUUGACGGGAUUGCGAUAUAUCGAGGGCGAACGAAGCCGGGGAAUUACAACUGGUAAUGCUAGCCCGACCCUGAUCAAGGGUGAUGCAGGAAUUGCAAUUCCGAUGGAGCGAGAUCCUCGAACCGGCGAUAAAAAGAAGAAGCUCAAGACAUCUGAAGAAUAUGUAUGUACGGACUGUGGCACCCUGGACUCGCCGGAAUGGAGAAAGGGACCCCAAGGGCCGAAGACAUUAUGCAACGCCUGCGGUUUACGCUGGGCCAAGAGGGAGAAGAAGAGAACCAGCACCAGCCAUCCUCCUACGGUGGAUCAACCUGUAUGAUCACGGGGGCGACGAAAUGGCUCCCAACGAGUUAUCGAUCUCCCGGCCUGCAAGAUGCCUGAGACGACCGAGACAAGGGCAGCAAGUAGCAGUGUUUGCCAUGAUAUAAGACGAGCUGGCUAGAGACACGGUGCCUGGGGCACGAUGGAGUUUGGGCUGAAAUUACUGAUUUGGAUGGCGAAAAGCGGGAUACACGAGACGCUCACAGCCGGUUGUUUACUUGAUUACUUUCUUUUUUGCAAGCUCACGACUGGACUGGAUAUUUGAUUUGUCACGACUGGGACUACAACACAGAUACCUGGAGUGUAGGGAGCAUUUGGGCAGACAUAGCUGACGUGCGCGCCCUUGAUGCGCCACGUAUAUGAAUUGACGCAUUAUUUGUAGAGUGACUGUCGUGACUGAAAGAUGCAACGACAUGAACCCCAUUGCCCUCUGGCUGCCUUAUUCAUUGUGGGCCAAUACAGUCA